GCACGUUCUGCGAAUUGAAUGUACGUCAGAACUAACCUAACUAAGGAAAAAAUUCACUGUGUUGUUUUAACAAGAAAAUAGAUUAUUGUAAAAAAGUAUGAACCUCUAUUUGUCCCCGUCUUAUCGAAUGUCGACUUCGAUAAGUUUGACGUUGUCUCUCUCGUGUGCAAUGUCCGUAAUAAUAUAGGAUAGUAUAGGUUAACUUACGGCAGCGUCCAUAGACAUUUACAAUCUGUCAUUUAGAUUCGACAUUUUGUAAAUCAUAUUGUAAUGCAUAAAUAUAAAUAUAGAGCUGAUGUUUUAUUGGAUACAGCGCGUUUUUUGCCAUGUAUUUUGUAAUAAUUACAACCUUUAAAACGUUCCUGUUAACCAAUAUUGGAUCAUGCAAAUUCGGAGCAAUCUUUAAGAAUGAAAUUAAUUUCAUUUUGGAGUAAGUUUUGAAUUUGUGUAUUUAUAAAAUUGAAAUAGUAGUAGGUCCAUUACAAUGCAUUUAUGAUCAAAUGCCAUGCAUUCUAUAUGUGAAAAAUAAUGUUUAAAGUCAAUGUAUAUUGGAGUAUAACCUGAUUGCAUUAAAAAUGCAAGCCAAGAAGCGCUAUUUAUUAUUAUUUGUAACAUGUGCGUUUCUUGGAUAUUGUUACUUUGGUGGUUAUCGGUUAAAAAGUGAAAAAUGGACAGGCAGAUCUCAGUUGCCUUAUGAGCGAUUGCCUUCAUAUUUAAGUCUAAAUGAAGAAUUCUAUGACAAGGAUUUGAGAACAUCAAAUGGAAACCCACCUAUGUCUCAUCGUACAAGGCAAUGUCGUAUGGAGACUUGUUUUGACUUUACCAGAUGCAAACAAGGUUUCACAGUAUAUGUGUAUCCGGUUGAAGAUGUGAUAAGUCCAUUAUACCAAAAAAUAUUGAAUGUUAUUACAGAAUCAAGAUAUUAUACAUCAGAUCCAACUCGGGCAUGUAUAUUUGUAUUAGCUCUUGAUACAUUAGACAGAGAUCCAUUAUCAACGGAAUUUGUGCAUAAUCUUCCUUCAAAAUUAAUACGUUUGCCAUAUUGGAAUAAUGGCAGAAAUCAUUUGAUAUUUAAUUUAUAUUCUGGAACAUGGCCUGAUUAUGCAGAAGAAUCAUUGGCCUUUGAUUUGGGAUAUGCUAUGCUUGCUAAGGCCAGUAUGUCUAUCUUUAGACAUAGACCAGAUUUUGACAUAUCUAUACCAUUGUUUGGAAAACAACAUCCAGAACGCGGUGGAGAGCCAGGUCAAGCUUUAGAAAAUAAUUUUCCUAAUAAUAAAAAAUACGUUGCAGCUUUCAAAGGUAAAAGAUACGUCCAUGGUAUAGGUUCUGAAACUAGAAAUGCUCUCUAUCAUUUACAUAAUGGCAAGGAUUUGGUAUUCGUUACAACUUGCCGUCAUGGUAAAGCAUGGAGAGAGUUACAAGAUGAACAUUGUCAACAAGAUAAUCAAGAAUAUGAUACGUAUGAUUAUGAAAUUUUAUUAAUGAAUGCUACCUUUUGUCUUGUACCAAGAGGAAGAAGACUUGGCAGUUUCCGAUUUUUAGAAGCUUUAAGAGCUGGAUGCAUUCCAGUUAUUUUAAGUAAUGGCUGGGCGCUUCCUUUUCAUGAACGAAUUGAUUGGACACAAGCUGUUAUAUUUUCCGAUGAAAGACUGCUACUUCAAAUUCCAGAUAUAGUGCGGUCUGUGUCCAAUGUACAUAUUCUUAAAUUGCGGCAGCAAACGCAGUUUCUUUGGGAACGAUACUUUUCCUCGAUAGAAAAAAUUGUAUUUACAGUAUUUGAGAAUAUCCGUGAGCGUUUGCCUUGGGAAGGUACAAGAGAAAAAUUUGUUUGGAAUACUAGUCCUGGAGCGUUAGCAAUAUUACCGCAAUUUGCCGAUAGUCAGCAAGAACUUCCAUUUUCGAAAAGUAAUCCAGGUAAUACCUUCACUGCCAUCAUAUACUCGCAGUUGGGAUCCACUGCUGUGCUAUAUCGCCUGCUUAAAAGUCUUGCGAAAAGUAAAUACCUAGAUAAGAUUAUUCUCAUGUGGAACUCGGACAUUCCCUUACCAAGAAGACCACGAUGGCAAGGGAUCAAAGCAUCAAUACAUGUCGUUACGGUCGAUGGUAUAUCUCAACGUUUCUAUCCUCACCCAUUAAUCAAAACUAGUGCCAUAUUAUCUCUAGACGAAGAUGCCACACUCAACACAGAUGAAAUUGAUUUCGCCUUUACGGUAUGGCGAUCAUUUCCUGACCGGAUAGUUGGUUACCCAGCAAGGUCACAUUACUGGGAUGACUCUAAACGCUCAUGGGGUUAUACAAGCAAAUGGACAAAUGAUUAUAGUAUAAUUCUUACUGGUGCCGCCUUUUAUCAUCGUUAUUAUAACACAUUAUAUACCGAAUUACUGAGUUCGACGUUACACAAGACUGUCGAGCAAUCACAAAACUGCGAGGACAUACUUAUGAAUUUUUUAGUAAGUCAUGUUACGCGAAGACCACCUAUUAAAGUAACUCAAAGGAAAUUGUAUAAAGAUACUACAGUGGGUGGAAUCAGAUCCCCAUGGAACGAUCCAGAUCAUUUUAUACAACGGCAAACGUGUAUGAAUACGUUUGUAGCUGUUUUCGGGUACAUGCCGUUGUUACGAUCCAAUAUGAGGCUUGACCCUGUUUUGUUCAAAGACUCUGUAAGCAACUUGCGCAAAAAGUAUAGGCAAAUUGAAUUAGUUAGUAACUAGAAGUAUACAGGAUAUUUUAUCAGUUAUGCAGUUAUCUACCCUCGAAACGGGCAUACUAUAUAUAGCCUCAAAUAUUUCUAUUAAAUAGUGGCGCAUAUUGCUAAUUGCAGCCGCGUGUGCGCGCUAGAGGCUAUUCCAAAUGUAUAGAGAACACUUACAUUGUUGUAAGUAAGAAACCACUGUGUUUCAGUGGUUAUCGGGCAGCAAAUUAAGAAGGUCUUUCAUUCUCGAGGAAUGGCGAUACUCUGCGCUUUUAUGUAUUCGCAAAAUGAAUUUUGUACAAAGUAUGGGGUAUCUUGUAAUAUUGUUCGAAUCUAACUCGAGCCACGGCGUGCAACCGUUGUUGUAUAUAUUGCCGUGUUCAAUUGAUGUACAUACGAAUCGUUUCACAGUUACUAAUAAAACGAAAAAAUAAAAAAAAAA